GUGUCUUCUUAGAUGUGAGGUGUGGUCAGGGAGGUCUGAGAAAAGAUGCCCGUCCCGCCUCCACCUCCUCCUCCCCCCACGCUUGCCUUGGCCAACACAGAGAAACCCUCACUGAACAAGUCGCAGCAGCGAGGGAGAAAUGCUCUGCUAUCAGACAUAUCAAAGGGAAAACGCCUCAAGAAAGCUAUCACUAAUGACAGAAGUACUCCAGUUCUUGAUAAGGCCACAGGAGGGUCCGUCGCAAGACAGGAUCAAGUUGGCACCUUCAGCCCAGGGACUGCCCAGCAGAGACUACAGCACAGAUAUGUGCCCAAACAGUCUGUGAACAACAAAGACAAUGGAAGGGACACCCUCUCUGUGUGUAAAAUCUCCAGACCAGCUCUCGGUGGCCUUCAGACCAGACUACCUCUGCCACUACCUCCAGGAGUCUGCCCAACACCUCUACUAUCCACCCCCCAAUCUCCCUCCCUGCCUGCCAGACACCCAGGCCUUCCACUUCCCAGAGCCCAGAACUCUCUCCAUCCUCCUCCACUUCCUAACACUAGUCGUCCUCCACUACCCAGAUUCCUCAGUGUUCCUGCUGAGUGCUGCCCUCUGCUGGCAGCCAAGGAGAAAAAGCCCUCUCGCCUUCCACAAUGGCCUCCACAGCCACAGCCACAGCCACCCGCUCUGCCCUUUAAGCCUGCUAACUCCACUGGGUGCCAAGCUAUCACUCACAAAGCCAACCUGCCUCCUCUUCCCUGCCUGGCCCGGGAGCAAAACAACUCCCCAAGACCCCCCAAGAAGAGCCAGUCCUUUGCUGGAUAUGACCGCCCUCCUCCGGUGCGGUCUCGGCCCCUGCCACCUCUACCCAAUGAGAAAACUCUACCCGAUGACCGCUUAGAAGCCAUCUCAGGUCCACCUCUCCCUCCUAACAAGCCAACCCUUAAAAGUCUGCAUCCAUUACCCGCCAUUGAAAAUAGUGCUAUCAACGUCAAUGACCUUACCACAGAUGUGUGGGAGAACAGGUUCACCUUCCACCCAGUGAUGGAUUUCCCUCUCCCUGAGGUAUAUGUUCCUGGACGCAAGACCUACCCCAGCAGUCUUGUCAAAAGAUAUGCAAAAGGGAAAAGAGAGAGAGGGUCUCCUCCUCUAGCUCCAGUUAUAAGAUGAAGUUAUGUAUUUUUAAAAUGUGCAUUAUUUUGGGUUUUAUUCCUUCAUUACUACAUCUUGUACAUGUUGACAAACAAAACAUUGUAGUGUUUUUCCAAAUGAUUGAUUAAAAUUGAUCUCAAUUUGUACAUUAUUUCCA